AUGUCGUGGUCUGACUACUGUCCUGAGAUUUCAUAUGCCAGUAUUCUUCCUCUACUUCUGCUCUCAAUACCGCUUUAUAUGUACCUGCACUCCAGUAGAGAGCGUAAAGGCGUGCUAGCAGUGGAACCACCCCAUCAGCAAGAGAAUAUGAAGCACACCCUCUCCCCCACAUUUGUCGGCGAUGUGCGAAAUACAUCACAGCAAUUCCUCCACGAAGCCCGCCGCAGAAUUGCUGCAGACACCGCUACCACCACCGCCGAGACCACUGCUGGCAGCGCGCCAGUACCAAGCUCCCAAGAGACUACCGGCGCAAUGACGAGUCGUCAGGCUUGGCCGCAGGUGUGGUGCGCAGAGACUGAAGCAAAUUACACCGGCUUCCUUGGGUUCCAAGCUGCUGCUGCUGAGGGCGAGGAAGAGCAUUCGCAUCAGACAUUCUACAUGCCAGAGGCACCAAAGAACUGGAACCACCAGCACCAGAAUCAGUACCACGAGCUCAUUCGAAGAAAGCUUCCAAACAUAGCUGCUCCCACCACUACCACUCCCACCCAGGUGCAGAGGCCAAUGGUGCUCCCAAAUUUGCCGGCGGAGAUCCAUCUUGAGAUCAUUAAGAACUUGAUUCCAGCGUCGGAGUCGUCGAAGGCGGUGACGACUUAUGCCCAAGGCUGUGGGCUUUGUAACCUUUUCCAGCUUUCCUCGCUGUGCAAAGUGAAUCGUUUCUACUACUCCAUCGUGUCAGAGCUUCUGUAUACCAACCUUCCGUUGAACGUGUCGACAGAAGUCUUCCCCUUCGACGGAAAGACCCUGUGCGAGGCACACCACCACCUCUCCUCCAAGACCCAACAGCUGGAGAAGCGUCUCCCGCUGCUUCUGCGCACCCUGCGUGAGAGGGACGAUCUCGCCGUGAACGUCAAGGCUAUCCAUCUCCCACCAAGCAUUAACUGCUGGCUCACUUGCUCACUAGAGAAGGUGCUCCUUCCCAACUUGAUCGAUGCUUGCGAGAAUGUGGAAGUGAUCCUAGGAACCGAGCAGCUGCACGAGCGCCAGUUCUUCUCGGCGGAGCACUUUUGUCUCGAUGAGGACUCGACACAACAUGGGAUCCUUGCUAAGACUAUUGUUGAAAAGACCAGCCUGACCCGUGUGAUCUGGAGAGGAGGGGAUGCGGGAACUCGCAGAAGUGUGUGGCAGAGGGUAUUUGAUGGACAUCCGGAUAUGAGGGGCGUUGGGUUCAUUGAGCUCCACAGGAACUGGGGCGCGUUGAAGGAGUUGGGAUUCUUUGGGGUUAGGGGACUUACGGUUCAGGAGGCCAAGGUGAUCUUCGAGGGGUUACCGAAGUUGGUUAAGUUUGGAUUGGGUGAUGUUAGGGUGAAGAGGAAAUCGGAGAGGGAGCUUGGACCUGCGAGCCCAGCUGUAAGAGAGGCCAGAAGAGAGGUGAAGGAGAGAUUCAUGUUGAUCCUCGAGGCUCUUCCGGAGAGUGUGCGCAACGUUGGGUUCUCCGAUGUUGAUGAUGAGGACUUCGUUGUCGAGGUUGGGAAAUGGGCGGCUGCAAGAGUUGCGAAGAGCGUUGAGUCCUCAGACGAACGCAACGUCAAGCCCUACUUCAACCGCCUUACCUUCACCAGAAUCUGCUUCACAGCCGAAAAUCUGAGGUCUCUCCUCACUUCUUUGGCGGUGGAGGCUCAUGUUGGAAAACACACCUACUCAAGAAGCGCGGUGAAGGAUCUGCGCCUAUCAAAUCUUGAAAAGAAGGAUAGGUUUUUGGACACCCAGAUUGAUACCACACUUUUCUCGCUUAAGGAGGAUGAGGUUGAGUUGAGAGGACUCGAAAGACUGUGCUGGGGUGUUGGGAGUUGCGAGGACAAGGAAGCUUCUAUUGGUAAGGCUGGCAUCUUGAAAGGCGCGCUAAGGAGAGGAUGGUUCAAGAGCUUGAAAGAGGUUCUCGUUGAAUCCGACCCCACCCCACUGAACGUAAUCGAGGCCUGCAACGAUAGAGGAUUGGAGUUACACGAAUUCAGAGAUAUCAAGCGUCAAUCUGGAAUGGUUGAGUGGUAG